UCUUAUAGAAGAAGAGGAGAGAGGUGGGAAGCAGCUCGUCCUGUUUAUUCCAUCCUCAGCAGCUGUGUGCGCGUAUAGGGAUGGACCUGUCUCCGGGCGACCCUCAGGCUUCUCUUCCACCUCCUUCCUCGGACUGAGCAGCAGCUACAGGGGAGUCUGUGGGACAAUGUCCGGGUCUCGUGUCUGUGACUAGAGACAAACUGAGGAGGAGACAUUGUCUGGUUACCAAGGGUCGCACAUACCUAGCAAUGAAGCAGCGGUUGAUGAGAUAAAGACAACAAAAUCUAACGUGAUUGUCAGGGUCAGCAACCCCAGCAACCAGGCAGCCUUUUACUUCUGACAUAAGGCACAACUAAAAGGCAGAUGUUUCAAAAAUCACACAAAGUCGACCACGUGGAACAUCUAGACCAGUUGCAAAUCAGCUCAGAAUAUCCUAGAAGGUGUUGGUGACAAAUCAAUCAUGGCUCAGUCCUCUGAUGCAAGUGUUGUGGGAGUUCCUGAUCCUGAGGACAACACUCCCAACAUGAUUGUCUACAGAAAAAUAGAAGAUAUUAUCACACUGAUGCAAGAUGAUAAAGCUGCAGGAGUACCAAUCCGAACAGUCAAAAGCUUCCUGUCUAAAAUUCCCAGUGUGGUGACAGGUGCUGAUAUUGUGCAGUGGUUGGUUAAGAAUCUCAACAUCGAAGACCCAGCGGAAGCAAUACAUUUAGGAAGCCUUAUAGCAGCCCAGGGUUAUAUCUUCCCCAUAUCAGAUCAUGUUCUCACGCUGAAGGAUGAUGGCACCUUUUAUCGGUUUCAGGCUCCUUAUUUUUGGCCUUCAAACUGCUGGGAACCAGAAAACACAGACUAUGCUAUAUAUCUAUGCAAACGAACCAUGCAGAACAAGGCAAGGCUGGAGCUCGCAGAUUAUGAAGCCGAAAACUUAGCAAGACUUCAACGAGCUUUUGCAAGGAAAUGGGAAUUCAUCUUUAUGCAAGCGGAGGCACAAGUCAAGAUUGACAGAAAAAAAGAUAAAACAGAAAGAAAAAUCCUGGACAGCCAAGAAAGGGGAUUCUGGGAUGUGCAUCGGCCAGUGCCUGGUUGUGUGAACACAACAGAAAUGGACAUUAGAAAGUGUCGCAGAAUGAAAAAUCCUCAGAAGGUCAAAAAGUCAGUAUACGGAGUGUCAGAGGAUUCCCAGUCUCAGAGCCCAGUGCACAUGGCAUCUCAUGUCAUUAGGAAAACAACAAAAGAUGACUUGCGAAAACAGAUUAAUUUUCUGAAUGUUCAGAUAGACCGACAUUGUUUAAAAAUGUCCAAAGUAGCCGACAGCUUCAUUGCAUUUACAGAACAGUAUACAGAAUACGACCCCUUUCUUACCCCUGCUGAACCCUCCAAUCCAUGGAUAAGCGAUGACGCAACAUUCUGGGAUUUAGAAAAUAGCAAAGAGCCAAACCAACAGCGUGUGAAGAGGUGGGGCUUCUCCCUCAACGAGAUGCUUAAGGACUCUGUUGGGAGAGAGCAGUUCCUUCGGUUUUUGGAGUCAGAGUUCAGUUCUGAAAACCUCAGGUUCUGGAUGGUGGUUCAAGACCUUAAGAAGCAGCCUUUGCAUGAAGUCCCCAAAAGAGUGGAGGAGAUAUGGCAAGAAUUUCUGGCUCCAGGAGCACAAAGUGCCAUCAAUUUAGAUUCCCACAGUUUUGAGAAAACAAGCCAAAACGUCAAAGACCAAGGGAGGUACACAUUUGAAGAUGCACAGGCGCACAUCUACAAGCUCAUGAAGAGUGACAGUUAUGCACGUUUCCUGCGCUCCAAUGCCUACCAGGACUUGUUGCUAAUGAAAAAGAAGGGGAAGUCUUUGACAUCCAAGCGCCUCACGGGCCUCAUGCAAUCGUCCUGACAACCCAAGAUGGAAGAGCGAUCGCUAUCACUAGGUACGUGACCUCCUUCGGAGGAGGAUCAGUUUUGGGCAAGAACAUGGGUCACUGUGAAAGCAAAAAUAACCAUACGGAAGAUGGAAUCCGUCCAGUUCCCAACAGAUGUUCUUUUUGUCCCUUGUUUACAUCAACACUUUGUGCUUGAGCAGCUUCGUGAUGACCCCGAGUUGCCGAGUACAUUUUCCGUGUGUUUUGUUUUAGUUUGAUAUUUGGAAAUCACCUACUGGGGCUGUGGGAGGAGGAUGUUUUUAAACCAAAUCAGCAAUAACCAGAGACAAAGUCCAAAUCGAUAGAAAACUUUCGUCUCCGUUGUACUUGGCCUCCAGCUGCAACUGAAAUCUCCUCCACCGGCAGAAGCAUCUGACUUCUAAAGUCCGACCACCUGAAACUGAUGUUUGUUAAAACAUUUCUGGACCUGUUUCUCCUGCGACCUCUGCUGCAGAUAUUUGACUUUAUUUUGUGUGUGUCUCCGUCAAAGAUACAACGGAAAAACGUUGACUCUGCAUAGUCUGUCCUUCCAAACGCAUGAUGCUGCUCCAAAGAUAGCGUUACCAGUCAAGGUCGUUGGAUAAACUUAUAUAGCAAGUCAUUGAUGUCCCUUUUUUUUAACCUUUUGUUGCCACUGCAUGCAUUUCAAGUACAAACCCGUCGUCCGCACAGUAAACGUCACAUUUUCUUCCAGUAUAAAUCAUCCGACGCGCACAGGCAUUGCCGCUUGUGAGAUAUUAGACAUAUCCAUGGCAACUUGUUAUCUCACAGUAAAAUCCGCUGAAGUAUAUUCAAUAGGAAAAAAAAAUAUCGUUAUCACGUAGGUUUCUUCUGUUAGGAGUGUAAGACAUUGGCCAAUGUUUCUGGAUAUAACAGAAUACGCUUAGUAUUGUCUACAAUCAACAUGUCACCACUGGGAAGCGUAAAAAAAAAAAGAGAAAUAUCGUGAUCCACCGUGGGCACAAUUACGUUGUCAUUUUAAGAAAAUGCUGAUGGUUUUGUGGGUUUCCUUCAAAACAGAAAGUAACUUCUAGUAGUAAAUUUAUUUGAAACAA